UAUAGGAGCUCGUGUGCUUCAUGUAAAUGUGUAAAUAACGGAUAAUUCCGCUGUGGAAAGAUAGUUAUUUUUUGGGUGGCUGAGAGAACGAUUGAUAGAAAUGUUCAGAAAACACGUGGUUGAAGCACAAGGAAUAGGGGUCAAACUCAGUAGCAAUGAGAUUUGACUUCUAUGGCGAUUUCUCAGCUUUAUUUCUCGAUGGUGGGUAUAGAUUAAUUUUUGAUACCUACAAUCCGGAUAUGUUACUGACCAAUGAGGACCAAAAGUUUUUUCUUGUUCCUGAUCAUUGUGAUAACGACAAGUGUAAUUCUUAUUCUUGUUGGGAACCAGCGCCCCUCCAUCGAGACCAUAGUUUCAGAAACACACAAACAGAUCAACAACUUAAAAUCUUUCAAAGAAAAUUUGGAGAAGGCAGAAGAAAAGCACUUAGUAGCAGAUGACAAGUACCUCAAUGUUUUGGGAUUUACAACUAAGCCUCGCUUGUACCCAUCAGAUGUUUGGAAAAACACUUCACUCCCGAUUAUUGUCACGUAUGCGCUGGACGGGCAGGAGCAGCACGCCGCUGCGUUCGCCCGCAACACGGCGCACUUCCUCCCCGGCCACACCACUGUCAUCUACGCCCUCGGCCUGGGCCAGUACGGCUUGCAGACGAUCCAAAACCACUGCAACAGCAGCCGAUGCGUGGUUGUGAACUUUGACCUAAGUGUUUUCCCAUCGCAUGUCGAAGAGGAGCGACUAAGUGCGUACCGGCCUCUUAUUGUUCAGGACGCGCUCAACAAGGCCGGCGCGGUGCUGUUCCUGGAGAGCGACCAGCGGCUGGUGAGCGGGCGCGUGGACUCCCUGGUGGGACGGGCCCGCGAGACGGGCGUGGCCAGCUGGGCAACGCGCCACGCCACCUCGUCGCUCACCCACCCCAAGAUGUUCGACUACUUCCGCACCUCGGCCGAGAGCUUCCUCUUCCUGCCCAUGGUGGAGGCGGGCCGGCUGCUGCUCUUCAACACGCCCGCCGUGCACUCGGGCGUCAUGCUGCCCUGGGUGCAGUGCGCGCUCACGCACGACUGCAUCCUGCCCAUCGGAGCGCAGUCCGGCGGCUGUCGCUUCAACAAGAAGCCGCAGUAUCGCUACGCCGGCUGCCACCGCUACGACGAGUCUGCCCUCAACAUCGUGCUGGGGCUGCAUUUUGACUUCGACGAGAGGCGCUACACGUACCGCGGCACCGAACCGCUGCUGAGGAAGCUCGGUCCAGAGGCGGUGGCCGCGGAGUUCGCCAGCCUGGAGGGGAAUGCCACCGAGGCAGCCGACGGCCGGGACGCACCGUGAGGUCCGUGUGUUGUCGAUCCUCUUGUGAGAAUGUUACCGUUCGUAGCGAAUAAUUGAGGCGGUCCGCAGGGAAAAAAAAAAGGCAUUGCUUGCUCAUUAAAUGAGUGGGGAAACAGAUCAUUAAUAACAGCACCAAUUUCAUCUUCUGUAAUAUCCAGGUUUCAUACAAAAAGACCAUGGGUAUUUAAAUGAACCAUUCUGUAUUAAAAGGCCACAUAGGACCCAUGUGCUCUUUUUUUUUUCCUAUACACCACCUAAAUUAUGUUUCCCAUUAUAUGUGUGAUACGAAAGUUGUUUUUCCUUUGUUGCAUCUUCAUUGGUGUGUGUUGUAAGUGAACUCUUGUUUAUUCCAGUGUGCAGACUAAAUUUUUAUUUUGUCAAUGUACAGUGCUUUGUGAUUAUAGGGAUGGAUGGCAACAUUUUCAGCCAUUGAGCUUCAUAGGCUGUAAUUUUUCUUGUAGCUGGAAUUCAUGGUAAGCAUUCUUAAAUGCUAUUGCAUUUGAGUAAUAUCGCUUGCAGCUUCAUAUUUAUGUGCAUUAAUUCUUUCCGUUGUUCAGGCUGGCAACAUUAAAUUCUUUAUGUAUUAUAUUUUUUGAUAUUGUCAACACUAUUCAUUUGUACAUAGUAUGAAUAUUCAUGCGUGACCAUUAGAUUUUUAAUUGAUUAGAGCCUUCGAAUUGUUGGGCACCUAGUUUGCUUUGGCCCAGUUAUAGUGUCUCUCAUCUCGUCACGUGUAAAGUUUCAUUUUUAGUCAUGCUAGUAUGAUACAAUUUCUUACAAAUUAAAUUAGCAGUGUAUUCAUGUGAUGGUGCAAGAGGAGAACUAGGCUAAAGAGAAUCAAACUGUGUGAUUCUAUGGAUCCUUUAUUGUUGUUUUUUAAAUACCUGCAUUCUUUCAAGAAAAUGUAUGGUAUUUAAUUUGAAACUCAAUAGUAUUGUAGAAAAAAUGAUAUUUUUAAAUUGAGAAGUAGAACUUUUGCCAUUUGGGAAAAAAGUAUCAAAUGUAGGAGUAACUCAUGUUCACGUACAUGCAUGAUAUUAAGAGUCGAGAAUUUUCGUUUGAAACCUCAGAGCAACCUAUUUCAAAAAGUUAAAAUAUUAAUUAUGUUAUUUGUGAGUAAAUGAAGACUCAGGUUAAGUAUUUAAAAAAUUGUAUAUAGUACAAUCAAUAUUGUUGUAAUAACCCCCAAUUUGAAUUCCCAUUACUGGUAAAACUACAACUGAUAACCAUGUAAUGAAUACAGUAAACUUCAAGAAAUUAACAUUAAUAUGAAAGUUACAUAAUUCCUACCAAACAACAUGUUAUGUAUUGACUGAUAAAGAGAAAAUAUUUGGGUAGCAAGGAUGCACAUAUCACUUGUCUUCUGUCAAGAUGAUGCAGCAUCACACAAAUAUUUCUCCGAGUACUUCAGUUCCAGUUCACCCAUCACGUAUAUUCCAUUAAUGCUCCAUUUUUAAAUUGUCACCUAUUGAGUUAAUUAAAAAUUGGCCUUUUUUAUAAACAUGAAUUGUAUGGGUAAUUCUCAUGGAAACUAGAAAUUCCUGUCCUAGCAAUUUUUACAAUAAUCCUAAGCGAUUUAGGAUGGUAUUUUUUUUUCCGGAAAGAAUAUCAUCAAGGCUAAAAAUGUUGGUCAUAACUUAGGAACCGUACAGGCAUUUGUGAAGAAUAAUAAAUAUAUAGUACUCUGAAAAUCAUUCCCUCACUAUGUCCCAAACUCCAGAUUAAAACAUUGUCUAAAGUUUUUAUCGAAAAUUUCUAAAAAAAUCUGUUUGCAACUAUGGCUUGUCUAUUGUAAAUACAACAACUUUUCAAAAUUUCUCUGAGUUUAGGAUCAUAAGUCAUGAACAAGUUGUCUAAUGUUGACUUAACAUGUGUCCCAUGAAAAAUUAUCAUUCCCUCACAUCAUUACCAACAGUCGAUAAGUAUGUAUAUUCUUGAGGACUUUAGUAGUAGUCUCAUUAGUUUUUGAUAGUUGGUAGUAUGGUCACUUGUUCGAAAUGGCAAAUUGACUUCAAGCUUGUUAAAGUACUUGUUGGAAGAAGAUGUCAUUGUAAUUUUUUAAAGAUUACAUUUUAAACAAUCAUUCCAUCACAGCGAAGAAUAAAGAAGGUAAUUGUAAUAUUUGAAUUUUGAUGACGUAGUAAAGUAUGUUUAUAAGGUAGAAAGCGUAGAGAAAAGUUAGAUGGUUACAAAAGGUUAUGUUGCGAGAUUUUGUAGGUUUUGGUUUAUUUUGUCAUUACCUCACAUUUGAUUAUUUUCAGUUAUAUUAUAAGUUUGUUCAAAGUAAUGUUCAAUAAUCUCACUAGAGAUUUUUAAAAUCUCUAAAGAAGUACAACAUUUUUGGUAAUUUUAUAUUGAUAGUUUAUUGUUGUAAUUGAACUGUGAUUACUACUACGAUAAGAAAAAGUUUUGGUUUAAGUAUUCUUUUACUCAUCUUCAAGUUGCAGUAUGAGUUUUAAUUCAUAAUUUUUAAGUUAAUGUAACCUAGUAGAAUUCUAAAGAUAUUUAAAAAAUAAAUAAUACGAUUUCAUAUGAGAAAUGAAUAUAAACAUCAUUCCCUCACAUUUGAUUAUUUUCAGUACUCAUAAAUUCGUUCAAAACUCAUUUAUUCUGGGGACCACAAUAUUUUUCACUUCUAGUAACAUGAGUACUACAAAUUUAAGAGAAAACGAAGAUGAAUUUAUUUAAUUAUUUUUCGUUAAUUUAUUGAUAGGUAAUUUCGGGAUUUCAUGAGAAUUACCCGUAUGCUUUAUGGUUCAAUCCAAUUUUGUUUGUGUCUGCAUAAUUUACUACCACACUGGCUCUGUGUCUGCUGAAAGGAGCUUGCAUGACUCUUAAGUGGGCCAAUGAGAAUGCAGUUGUUGAACCAUGUGACAUCUACUACCUGCCCGAAGGAUUUGUUUGAAAAGUAAAAGAAUUAAAUUUGCUGCCUCACCCAAAGAACUUAACAGCGCAACUCAGUUGUACAGGUACUUCGUAGACGCUGAUGAUGAAACAAGUGAUUAGCUUCACACCACUUCAUUUCUUAAGAUCCACCUCUCAUAUAUUGGAAACAUUUCUACUUUUUACACUUAAAAAUAUAUAAAAUGGAAGCUAAAACAGCCCCGGGGGGGGGGGGGGGGGGGGGGGGGGGGAAGAGAGAACACGCAACAUAAUAAUGUUCAAUUUUUGUAUGCUUGAAUGAAAAAAAGUAAAUUGAGGUUCAAAGGAAGCAUGAAUUAGGACAGCGGGAGAUCACAUUGACUGUGUUUUACUAUAUAUAAUUUUUUUAUAUAUUUUUAACCAGUAUAAUUAAAUUCUACAGGAAGCAACAUUCCUCAGUAUUACUGUAACAAAACCAAUUAACUAUUUUGCUUCUAUGUAUUAUGCUUGAAAUAAAACUGUUAUAACUUGUUGCAGCUUAAUGUAAGCAUUCAGAUUUUGCGCUUUUGUAAAUGCAUCAUGAUGAAGAAUAGAAUUAUCGUUUAAAAGUAGCCCUUAGAGAAAAAAUUUAAAUCCUCAAAUGAGAAUAAAGGUUUUGAAACUUUCUUUGUGAAGUACAUAUUUUACAAUGUUUCAAACCACGACUUUAUGCUCAUUUAAAAUGCCAAGCUAAUAGUAAAUGAAUGAGAGUUUUAUGUAAAAUGAGGUGGAAACAUUGAUGUGAGUUGGAACUGGUUCUUAAAUUAAUGUGUGUGUAUUUAUGUGUAAUCAGACAUGACAAUGCCCUCUCUUAUGUUGAGUCAAAUGUUUGUGUUCCUUAUUGCUGUUUUCUCACCAUAUUUACUUUAAUUUUGUGUUUAAUAUAUUUUGUGUGUAGUAAGGUUGAAGAGCUAAACAGGUGAGAAGGAAUCAUAAAUUGUGUUCAUAUUUUAUUUUGUAAUUUGUAGAUUUGUAAAAUAUAGUAGUAAUAUUAUUUGUCAAAAUGCCAAACUUUGCCAACCAGUUUUUUUGUUAAAAAUUUUAUUUUAGAUUUACUGUAGGAUCUUUAUGUAGAUGUUUAUUGUUAUUGUUCUUGUAAGACUUAAAAUGACAAAGUUGUGUAUUGUGGAGUAAUGAUAGAAGAAAUAUGAGAAAGACAUCUUUAAGAUCUAUGAGAACAUGAUUGUUGUAUGAGUGUAUAAAAACAGAUGUUAUGUUAACUUCUAUGUUUAACAGUUAUACAAGACUGCCUGAUCAUUAAUGGCAAAAUUUUGACCAAAGUGAUAUUGUGGGAACAAGUGUGUUGGGUUAGUUUUAUUUCAGGAAGAUGUGAGUAGUCUAUUGAGAAAGUUGUUAUAUUAUCACAGUAACUUAUUUUUUUUCCGGAACUGAAAUAGGCAUUAACUUUUUUUGUCAGUGUAAGUCAAAGGAUUUUUAGGUUGCUGUUUUACUGCAAUAUGUUUAAAAUUAUUGCUAAUUUGAAUUGUACAAGUCCUAGAAUACACAGAAACAGCAAAAUAAAUCCUUAAUUAUGUUUGUGGA